AUGAAGACUACCACUGCCAUCCUUUUCCUCGCCAGCACUUGCCUGACCUGGGCUGCCAAUAUUGACCUCCGCGUCGCCGAAGCCGAAUGCGGUGCGCUAGGCGUCAUGGAAGCGCCCGCCUCGGCCUAUGCCAACGGAGGCAUCGUUCGCAAGUGCCGCGACCACCCUCUGGGCAGCAGCGGCAUCGGCCCCUCGGUCAGCGAGAAGCGCGACGAGAGUACGCUCACCCUCAACAGUCUCGAGAAGCGCUGCAAGACCCCGCUCAAUGGGCCCUGGGGCUGCACCCGCGGCUAUUGCUGGAAGGGCUGCGGCCAAGGCUACAAGUGGUGCUGGACGGCCGCCAACUAUGGCCACGGGCCCUGGGCCCGAUGCACCAGGGGCGGGGACUGCGGGUUUGACGACCUGAGAUUUGCCUGCAGCGGUGGCUGCGGAUGUUGA